AUGAACUUCUCAGAAGUAUAAAAAGAAGACAACCAAAUAAAGUAAGUUAAUCUAUAGACAAAUUAAAUCAAAAAGAGAAAACGUAUUGAUUCAGAUACUAAAGCAAAUCUGGUAUAUAGUGUAAUUAAAGAUCGUUUACCAAUUUAUUAAGUAAUAAUCUUUUUAUAAUCCCUUAGGCAGCCAUCAUUCACAAAGUUAAAUAUUCAUCUGCUAAACAUAUAUUAAGAAAUUACUACAGUGAUACUACUAAUUAUUUUUCUCCUUAAAAGAAGAGAAGGAGAAAGAUUAUUUGUGAUGUAGCCACAAUCUUAGUAAACACUAAUACUGGAAAGAUCAUAAUAUAUUCUUAAUAAAGUUAAGUAAUUCAAUGUUUAAGCAAUGGUGUUAAUGCAUAAAUCAAAUAAAAAAUUCUUGCUAAUCUAAGUUAAUCAAUCAAUUCCGAACUCACUGAUAUAAAGUCUUAAAAGUUACAAACGAAAUAAAAUUUUAAGACUAUUAAAUAAAAUGCUAAAACAGAGAAAAUGGAAGACAAACUAAUGGCUCUUUUGAAGACACUUAAAAAUUAACACGAAUAAAUGGUUUCAUGA